CAUUUGAAUGCUUGCAAUUCACACUCAGUAUUGAUCUAUUAAUUAAAAAAAACCGAAAUAUCUUCUAGUUUUUUGCAAUUAUGUUAAGUUACGCUAAUUAAUGAUGCGAAUACAUAAAUAGGCGCACAGGUUAACUAAAAAAAUAUAUCAAAGAAAUAUAUCGAGAAGCUUGCAAUAACUAAGUACAGUUCAAAUGAGAGGUUUUACAAUUGAUGAAAUUUUACGUUCAAGUAACGACAUUGAAUCAAAAACACCAGGAGUGUUUUAUCAUGUUGAAAGGACUGAGGUUUCAAAUGAACUAAAAUUUUGUCGAGAAUCUCCAAAUUCUUUUUGUUCUCUUUCUUCAAUCGAAAUGGAAGAAGACAAAUGUGGGCGAAGGCCAAGAACAUCAAUAACUCUGUGUCAAAGAGAUUUUUUAGAAUGCGAGUUCCAGAAAGAACGCUACCCGACACUUUUGUAUAUCAACAAACUGAGUUCGAAGAUAAAUUUAUCGCAAUACGUCAUAAAGGUGUGGUUCCAAAAUAGAAGAGCAAAGUACAGAAAAGAAGGUCAUAAGCGUAAACCAACCAUAAACAUAGAUUAUACGGACUCAGCAAAAAAUGUACGCAUUUCUUCUACAAAUUGCGUUAGAAAGCUUCGACAAAAUUUUUCUGCUUCAAAUUCUAAAAUCUUACGCAGACAUUCCACUUCCUAUGAUUUAUACGGUCCAAGGAGUUUAAAAUGCGAUGUCUGGUUUCAAAAAGAUAGAAAGUGCUGUUCAUCGGCAGCAGAUAAAAGCAAAUGUUGUUAUUUCCCAACCUGAUUCUAGAAAUAUAUAUUUAAUUUUGUAUAAAUAUGUGUGUGUGUGUCAGUGUUUAACUUUAUUUAUUAUUAGUUUGUUAAUGCAAAUGUAAAAUAUACAAUAUAACACAUAAAACUCUUUAGACAACUAGUUAUUUAUUUUAAAAUAUUUUGUUAUAUAAAUAAAACUUUGUAUUUAUUUAUUUAUUAUUUAUUUUAUCCUAUUUGCAUUCUUUAUAUUUUAUAUACGCAAUAGUAUUAAAAAAACAAUUUAGUUU